AUGCGGCGACAAGGAGGCGAGGGGCUGCUGGCAAGGAGUCGAGGCGUGGGCGAACCUUUCCCCACCUGCGACCCAACUUAUAGGCACAGGGCUGAGGUGACAUUGGGGCACAGCGCAUGGGCGUGGGGAGGCCAUGAGCUGCAGAGGAGGUGCAGAGGAGAGGAGGUGCAGAGGAGAGGAGGUGCUAGAAUCACUGACUGGCGGGGCUGCUCCGCCAUUCACCUUCGCACUCACCGCAAGCGCAUGCAAAGGGAGGCGCAUGGGCGUGUGGCUGAGGUGGACGGCACCUGGCUGAGGUGGACUUUUGAUGAGAUUCACAUAUGCAUUCAGUCAUUUUCAUGCAUCCAUCAUCGGCCUCUACAGGUGUCCUCCUUCAUUGUCAAGCUAAAGAUUCGCAAAGUGGAGUCGGGUUUCAUGUCGCGAGCCGUGUGUCAAGUUAGCGAUGCGAGCGGAUCGUACGGCCUAACAGCAUUGGGUUUGUCUGCGGACUGCAUCAUACGGCUGGUGGAGGAGGAGAAAACGCUGACCAUGACUUCCCAGACGGAGACAUCAGUCGUCCUGUGGAUCGCUGAGCUCUUCCAGAACGACAACCAGAUCAUGACGACCAAAUGGUCGAGGAUCAUCGAGAUCACAAACAGCGCUGUCAUUGCUCGCAUUGCCCCAACCGUCGGCCGGCUGCCCCUGCCCGCAUUUCCUGUUGACUUCAGCAUUGUCACAUCGUAA